AUGAGCUCGUACUUUGUAAACUCGUUCUCAGGGCGCUAUCCAAAUGGCUCCGACUAUCAGUUACUAAAUUAUGGGACUAACGGCGCUGUGAGCGGUUCCUUCAGAGACCCUGGCACCAUGCACUCCGGGUCUUUCGGCUACAACUACAAUGGCAUGGACCUAACCGUGAACCGCACCAAUACCGGUGGCCACUUCGGGGCUGUGAGAGAGGAUGCCCGGGGAUUCGGGCAGGAUGCCCGUUACAGACAGACGCCCAACUGCUCUCUCUCAUCUCCAGAUCCGGUGCCGCCGUCGUGCGCCACAGCCAGCCGGGAGCCGCUGGAACUAAAGAGCCCUUCUCCUCCCUCAGACCGGAGCGCAACCUCGGUCGGCAACAAUCUCAACAAAAGCAACAGCGCUCAUUUCACGGAGAUAGAGGACGCCACUGUUGCCACUGAGAGCGAGGAAGGCGCACACAGCAGCGGCGGCUCCAGCACGGCAUCACGGGCGCAGCAGCAGCAGCAGCAGCAACAGCAGCAGCAGCACCAGCACCAGGAACCCAACGCCACCUCCUCUACUCCCACACCAAAUGAUUGCCAAACGCCACAAAUAUUCCCCUGGAUGCGGAAACUGCACAUAAGCCAUGAUAUGACUGGACCUGAUGGGAAAAGGGCCCGAACUGCGUACACCCGCUACCAGACGCUAGAGCUGGAGAAAGAGUUUCACUUCAAUAGGUACCUAACCAGACGGCGGAGGAUAGAGAUAGCCCACGCAUUGUGUCUUUCCGAAAGACAGAUCAAAAUCUGGUUUCAGAACCGCAGGAUGAAGUGGAAGAAGGACAAUAAACUGAAAAGCAUGAGUCUUGUAACAGGAGGCAGCGCCUUCCACAACUGAUUAACUUUUUUGGGGGAGAGUAAAAACGACAAUAAAACUUAAAAAAGAAAGAAAGAAAAAAAAGAGUCCAUGAGUACUGUAAAGCUAUUGAAAGCGCAGCACCUUCCAGCAUGCCAUUGUGAUAGAAAAACAAGUAUUAUGUGGUCUUAAAAUGUCAUUUUUAGUUUACUGUUGUACUACGAUAGCUUAGAUGUCCUAUUUGGAGAAGAAAAAAAUGUAAAUAUCACUGGGGUAUUUGUCCAUGCUCUCUGUAUCUUUUCUCUCUUGAAAGUGUUUCAACUUGAGCUCUUUAUCGUAACUUGACGGUCUAACAGGAGUAAAUUCAUUGUACAGUUCAGAUAAAAAAAAGAAAAAAAGAAAAAGUUUCCCAAACCAUAUGCUGCUCUUCAUUGAAUGUAAUGUAAAUGUAUUUUGGGGCCAUUCAAAAGCGCUUUAGUGUAACUUUUACUGCUAUUUUUGAUGGUUAACCUGUGUCCAAAAUCCAUAAACUUUCAUAAACAAGCCAAUGUGUAGCUCUAGGAUAUUUUGUGCAUCUAUUAUUAUUAUUAUUAUUAUUAUUAUAAUUAUUAUUGUUUAGAACUAAUUAUGAGCAAUGCAAGUGUAUU